GAAAUUGACAUUAGCCUACUCCUUCUGAAAAGUGAUGAAGGUAAACAAAUCCAUGAAACAUUGACAGAAGGAAUUAAACCCGACGAGGUCACCAACAAAAAAAUAAAUCGAAUAAUUUGCGAUUGGCUAGCGGACAAUUACGGCGUGCGUCCACAAACGGAAAAAAAAGUAAUGCUUGCAAAAUCAUUAAUUAAAACUUAUCCCAUUCUGGCCUCGAACGUUUCAGAUGUACCCUAUGCAGCGUGGUUUCAUAAAGGUGGACGAGGAGCAGGACGGCAUGCUGGUUCUAUUCAUUAUAGAAUGGAAACCCUUGCAAAAAGAUCCUGUAGUCGAGUGUUCUACCGAUCAAGACACGAUGAAGCGACUCCAUCUUCUUCAAAAAUAAUAACGAACGACGAAUGUGGAGAAAAUAUUGAUGAUUUGGUGUACGAGUUAGAAACUAUUGUUCCCUUGGAAAAUUCAAUGGAAAACAUAAAAUAUUUAUGGAAACAAACACUGGCUUACCGGCACGAAAAGCGUGCCAGAGGGAUUUUUUCCCAAUUUAUGACCGACUGUUCUGCGGCUUCAGCCUUCGGAGGAGAAUUGAUAUCUUUAGAAUUCGAAUUGAUGAAUCCUACUGCUGCUAAAUUCGAAGACAUGUGGAAUGUAAUCCAACAGAAAAUAUUGGAAAAAUUUCGAAUAGAUUACAGGUACAUAAAAAAUGACCUGAUUCAGUCACUAUGUCUGGUACGAGAAAAAAAUACUAUAAGAGGAGCCAAGCGAACCCGCGAAGAAGACUAUAAAGAGAAUGAUGCGCGUACAUUAAAUCCACUUCACGGAAUAAUCGAUUGGAUUGAUUUCGAGACUUCAUUUCCGACACCUGAUGUCCCGCGCAUUAUAAUUGUUGCCAAAAUGUUUGAACUCGGCGAAUGCUACGUGGUGUGGAAAAACAGUACGAUUCAUGUAGGAAACAAUUUGAUUCGUGCAUUCAUCGUUCUUUGUCAAGCCUUUACAGUUUUCAAUGUAAAAUGCUAUGCGGCUGACAAACUUUUCUUUUCAUUUUUUCAUGCUUCAUGCUUCAAACUUGGAGCACUCAGUACAACUAGUAAUAAGUUUUUAAACCAGCUGUUUUAACAUCAAGUUUAUAAAAGAAUUUAUUUACAUUCUCCUUAUUUAAAAAGCGCACCUGCUUUUGAAUAGCCAGGUGAAAAGCAAAAUUCUAGUGAUUAGAAUAAUAAUAUGAAUUCAUCUGAUAUAAUCAAUAUAAGAUUUUACUAUGAAAUAUUAGAACUUUCAUCGGAAAUAAUUAACCCACUUCAAAAAGGUAUAAUAGCGUUUUUUUCUUAUUGAAAAUUCAAUCAAAUUAUUUAAACAAUUUUUUAUGCAAAUAAAAAAGGACUGGCAUUCCAAAAUGAUUGUUUUUAUUUUUUGCCGAAAUCUCAGUUAACCACAAACGAAAAUCUCGGUUAAACGUAAACGUCAAAACAAACCGAAAUUUCGGCAACCGAAAUUUAACCGAAAUAUUUGCCGAGAUGUCAGUUGUGCGGAUCUCGGCAAAAAUUAACCGAGAUUCGGCAAAAAUUUUUAAG